AUGAAGUGUUUCAAGUCUUUGGCCCUGCACUUGCAGGUGCGCCGUGACAACCACACCCAAUUCGUGCGAGCUAUGCUGCGCGCUAGCGAGACCACAGACAUCGACGGUGGCCGCGAACUCGCACGUCGAGUUGCAGAGUGGGCCGCGUCUGACGAUGCGGCGCCCUUCGAACUGGCACUCUGCCUUUGCAACGGCGAUCAGGUCACCGGCAUUCGCGACGAACUCGACAACGAAAUCAUUUCUCUACGAUACACGCGCCCCUACCUCGCCGAAGCAGACCUCGAGCUCGGUAUCAAGAUUGAGGAAGAUUUGAUGCGUCCACCCAAGGCUCAUCGGGCGGCUCAGACUACGAACCAUUGGAGAACGAAGAUAUGGAGGGCAGCAUAUCAUCGAGCAUCGCCACGGACGAGGAGGAGGAGGACGAGGAGGACGACAGUGACCCCUACUAUGUUGCUGAGUGAAGUCUUCUUCUUCAACGCCAAAGUGCAGCACCUCAUCUACGAGUAUCUUCGGAAGAAAGUGGACUUCACUCGCAAUGCCGUCAUCCGCAAGAUUCAGAACGUCUACAACACUGUUGUGGCCGCUGCUAGCAACAUGGCUGAAACACAAACGAAACUGCUCGUGACCAACACUGCAGACUACAUUGUGCUGGAGGUCAAGCGCCAACUCAACAAGGACUUGGAGAAGGUUACUGUGCGGGAGCAGCCAUCCAAUGUGGAGAGCAACCAAGGCUGA